UUUUUUAUAUGUUUGACUUUUACCCUCAACCUGAAUUAAAAAACAUCCAUAUCACUCACACACCUCUUUUGUUCCACUUUGUUUUAUUUUGAAGGUGACAUCGUUUAUUUUCAAUUAAACGCGAACAUUUUAUCAUUUUUGGCACAUCUGCGUUGCCGUAGAGGCGGAAGUAGCGUUUUACGUCAGGGCCCCGGCGUGACUUUCACCGGGUUGUCAGAGUCAGGGUUGUGUAAAGAAGGAGGAAUACGACCACCCUGUGCUCCACCGAGCAGUUGUCAAAAUGAGAGUACUAACAGCGGGUGUGUCUUUGGCUAAAACGCACCUUUUGGCGCCAGGAAGCGUCACUCUUAAAAAGGUGCUCCUCAACAGCUGUCGGACAUGCUCCUCUGGCUUCUUCCCCAACGAGAGGAUCCGCAACAUCGGGAUCUCAGCUCACAUCGACUCUGGGAAGACCACCCUGACCGAGCGAGUCCUCUUCUACACCGGCAAGAUAGCAGCGAUCCACGAGGUGAAGGGGAAGGACGGUGUUGGAGCCACUAUGGACUCUAUGGAGCUGGAGAGACAGAGAGGCAUCACCAUCCAGUCAGCUGCUACAUACACUGUGUGGAAGGAUCACAACAUCAACAUCAUUGACACACCAGGUCACGUGGACUUCACCAUCGAAGUGGAGCGAGCGCUGCGCGUGCUGGACGGAGCCGUGUUGGUCCUGUGUGCGGUGGGGGGAGUCCAGUGUCAGACCUUGACAGUGAACAGACAGAUGAAGCGCUACACCGUCCCCUUCCUCACCUUCAUCAACAAGCUGGACCGCAUGGGUGCCAACCCCAGCCGAGCCCUGCAGCAGAUGAGAACCAAACUGAACCACAACGCAGCCUUCGUGAGCAUCCCCAUGGGCCUGGAGGGGAACAUGCGCGGCAUCAUCGACCUUGUACAGGAGCGGAGCAUGUAUUUUGAAGGACCUUAUGGUCAAACUAUCCGCUACGAUGAGAUCCCGGCAGAUUUCCGUGCUGAGGCUGCAGACCGGAGGCAGGAGCUGGUGGAGUGUGUGGCUAACGCUGAUGAAACCCUGGGAGAAAUGUUCCUGGAGGAAAAGAUUCCAACCAACGCCGACCUGAAGGCUGCAAUCCGCAGGGCCACCGUGCAGCGUCUCUUCACUCCUGUGUUGGUGGGCACAGCGUUGAAGAACAAGGGCGUCCAGCCUCUUCUGGACGCUGUCCUGGAUUACCUGCCGACCCCCACGGAAGUCAAAAACUAUGCUAUCCUCAAUGACGAAGAGGCCAGUGAGACAUCGAAGAUUCAAAUGGACCCUGCAAGAGACUCUACACACCCGUAUGUUGGUCUGGCUUUCAAACUGGAGGCGGGGAGGUUCGGCCAGCUGACGUACGUGCGGGUGUACCAGGGCUGUCUGAAGAAGGGGGAGUACAUCUACAACACGCGCACGAGCAAGAAAGUCAGAGUUCAGAGGCUGGUGCGCCUCCACGCUGACCAGUUGGAGGAUGUGGAUGAGGUUUAUGCCGGAGAUAUUUGUGCUCUGUUUGGGAUCGACUGUGCCAGCGGAGACACUUUUACAUCCAGGACCAGCGCUAACCUCUCCAUGGAGUCUAUUCACAUCCCAGAGCCUGUCAUUUCCAUGUCAAUGAAGCCAACCAACAAGAACGACCUGGAUAAGUUCUCCAAAGGUAUUAACCGUUUCACCAGGGAAGACCCGACGUUCAGGGUGCAUUAUGACACCGAGAGCAAAGAAACCAUCAUCUCAGGCAUGGGCGAGCUGCAUCUGGAAAUCUACUCCCAGAGGAUGGAGAGGGAAUAUAACUGUCCCUGUGUGAUGGGAAAACCCAAAGUGGCUUUCAGAGAGACGAUCAACAGCCCUGUACAGUUUGAAUUCACUCACAAGAAGCAGAGCGGCGGCUCUGGACAGUACGGUAAAGUUAUCGGAGUCCUUGAGCCUCUUGAGCCAGAGCAUCACACCAAGCUGGAGUUUGAAGACCAGACUGUUGGCACCAACGUCCCGAAGCAGUUUGUACCAGCUGUUGAAAAGGGCUUCAGGGAGGCCUGUGAGAAGGGACCGCUGAGCGGGCACAAGAUCUCAGGAGUCCGGUUCAUCCUGGAAGACGGAGCGAAUCACAUGGUGGACUCCAACGAGCUCUCCUUCAUCCGUGCAGGAGAGGGUGCUCUCAAACAGGCUAUGGAAAAGGCCAACGCGAUCAUCCUGGAGCCGAUCAUGUCUGUGGAAAUCGUAGCGCCUCAGGAGUUUCAGGGAACAGUCAUUGCCGGUGUGAACCGCCGCCACGGUGUCAUCUCAGGACAGGACGGAGCCGAGGGAUACUUCACUCUGUACGCCGAUGUUCCACUAAACGACAUGUUCGGCUACUCCACAGAACUACGCUCUUGUACUGAAGGAAAGGGGGAGUACACCAUGGAGUACAGCAGAUACCAGCCCUGCCUGCCGGCCUCACAAGAGGAUCUCAUCCACAAAUACUUGGAGGCAACAGGACAGCUGCCUGCAGCUAAGAGGAACAAGUGGAAGAACUGAAAACUGUCAGCUCUACUCAACUGUACACUAACUGGACUUUGACCACCGUCCCUCAUCUUUACACACAUUUUGGCCCAUCGACAACUGUGACUCGACAAUACAGUUUUAAUUUAUGGAGCCAUGAAAAGCUUUGACAUUCUACUUCAAGUUAUUUUUCCGCCCUAAGGUUUGACCCCUGUGGAAAACAUAUUUAUUACCUGGAUUUGAGCCCCAUUUGACAUGGUUACUAACGAAAGCUCAGUGUUUUGACAUGAGCUUAUAAUGACUUUUGUACUAUGUACAGAAUGGUCCUGAUGUAACAAUGACUGCAACAAAAAAAUAUAUAUAUCCAUUUUUUUAAAGUGUAAUUCUGUGCAAAUCAUUUAUGUCUAACUUCUUGAUUCUUAAAAAAAAAACACAUUUUUCUUGUACAGUAGCGUUCUGUGUGGCAAUUUGUAGAUAUUUUUCAUGAACAAUUCACUUGAUUAGCUCGAAAACACCAGAGAAACACGAUUACACACAGUUCUUUCUCACCUGUCCAUCGAUCUCUGUUUCCUCCGCUGUCUCCGGUACGCUGUUGGGAUGAGCCGUCGUGUCCACUGAGUCAGCUCCGGGUCUGAUCGUCACACUGGGGCUCCCAGUUACCCCAGUUAACACAGCCAGAAUAACGAUGAUCCUCAUUAUAGUGAGCUGUAACACAGAGAUGCUAGAGAAAGGGGGGAAAAAACACUUCUGUGAAAGAGCAGAGCAGGAAGGGAAAUGACCCUCCUGUUAGUGUGGAGUUAUGUAACGGAGGAGGAGGGAGCAGAAAGAAGAGACUGUCCAGAUCUCUCUGUCUUCCUGGCACAAUCUGUUUAUUUUCUUAACUAAACAAACUGUUCCACUUUAUCAGGUUCUGUUCUUCGUACGCUCUCGUUGCAACUCACUUGAGCUGUCAGCCCCUUAAUGUUUCCUCACGAGAAGAACUGAUUAGUUUAGGAACAGUUAUCCCAUUAGAGCAGCUGUGGUUGAUAUGGGAGCCUGAUGGGUUGCAGCGUCGCCUGGUCCACAGUGUGCCAGAUGAAAUGUAGCAGGACGGACGUUCACUGAGCCAAAUUAAACACGUCCUGGCAAUUGAAACGCAAAAUCUACGAAGUUUAAGAUUUAAGAUUAUAAAGGAGUGUUAUGAAAACAUCAAGAGGACGGCUAGAAAACUCCUCACAACCCAACAGAAUAUUCUCACAGGAAAUGCUACCACUUUCUCAGUAUAUUGGUAAUUUCUUAGAUUGUUUAUAGAUGGUGGACCACAGACUGAGAUAAAAAAAGGAGUUUAUUUUGCUCUGCUGUAUCAAUAUUAAUGUGUUUUGGUUGAAAAGCCUCAAUCAGAUUCUGUGAAAGAUUAAUUUUGUUUUUAUAAAAGAGGAGAAUUAAGAGCAGAAUAAUAUUCAAUGUGUGGGAUAUUCCUUCCUGUUAUUUAAAGCACUAUCAGACUUUUAUCUUGGAACAUAAACCUUGAACUCACAGUCAUUGUUUUGACUUCCAGAUUAUAGAUUCUUGUUUUUUCUUAAAUUAAAUAAAUGAGAUAAUUGCU